GCAUCAACACUGACUUGACCUAAUUAUGAGGCGGGUGCAAUAAAGAAAGCUCAGUGGAUUAUAGAGACUGCCCUCUGUUAUGCAGUGGAGCUGAUCAACCACUGCAGUGGACUCUGACCUACCCAGAAGCCCCAUGUGAUUCUCAUCAGUGUGUGCAUGUAAGAACAGCCAAAGGAGGUCUGUCACUAACCUCUAUAUAAAAUGACAGCAAGACGUAUUCAACACCUCCAGGGACUGAAGAAACUUGUAAAGAGGACAACCCCUCGCCAGAUGGUUUAUUAUACUGAACUGUCUCAGAAGCAGUCAUUGCAAACUGUUUGGUGUUUGGAAAAGGGUAUGACACAGCAGAGGUGGAACUUUUGAGGAGGCAGCUUCUUCUUCUUCAAACUUUCUUCAGCCUGAUCCAGCUGCACCAUGGCUCUGCUGGUACACAUGCUGGCCUGUGCCUUUGGCCUGGGCUCUUGGGUGGCGGUGAACGGUCUGUGGGUGGAACUGCCGCUCAUCGUCAACACUCUCCCGGAGGGUUGGGAGCUCCCCUCCUACCUGACAGUCAUCAUCCAGCUGGCCAACCUGGGACCUCUGCUGGUCACCCUCAUGCACAAACUGUGCCCGGGUCGUCUCAACGAGCGCGUCGUCAUCUACUCCAUCCUCUGCAUCGGCAUCCUCUCCUGCGUCCUGCUCGCCUUCUUCUGGGACAAGACUACGAUAGUGGCAGGCGCACCACACAGCACUGCCUUCUUCAUCAUCACCUUCUUCCUCUCUCUGGUGGACUGUACCUCUUCAGUUACCUUCCUGCCUUUCAUGAUGCAGCUUCCAGCCAAAUACAUCACUACGUACUUUAUUGGAGAGGGGCUAAGUGGUUUCAUUCCUGGCAUAGUCGCUCUGGGACAAAGUGUGGGCAUCUCCAAAUGUGUCAACACCUCUGCAGGAAACCACACGUGGACGUCACAUACAGAGUAUCUUCCUCCCAACUUCUCCACUGAGGUGUUUUUCUUGCUCCUCGCAGCCAUGAUGAGCAUGAGUCUGGCUGCUUUUGUUGCACUGAACAGGCUUCCUCGGACGUUCGAGCUGUCCACUGAACACCUUGUGCCAGACACUGUGGCCUCUGUCUGCUCCGGCCUGGACAACCCCGGAGCAGAGACUGAUGAAGGGGAUGUAAAAUGCCAGCGUGAGGGGGCAGCACAGAGCAAACUUCCCCUGGCCAGCCCAAAACACUCGCUGUACCAGCUGACCUUUAUCUACUGUAUGGUGGUGUGGGUUAAUGGUGCAACCAACGGCCUGCUGCCCUCCGUGCAGACGUACUCCUGUAAACCCUACGGGAACCUGGCCUAUCACCUCUCUGCUGCUCUGGCAUCAGUGGCAAACCCGGUGGCUUGCACCAUUGCAAUGUUUUUCCAAAACAGGUCACUGGUGUUUCUUGGCGUGCUGACAGCUCUGGGGACAGGAUUUGGCAGCUACAACAUGGCCAUGGCAGUUAUGAGUCCAUGUCCUUUGCUUCAGGGAUCUGUGGUGGGAGAGGUGAUCAUUGUGCUCUCAUGGCUCUUUUUCACUGGAACGCUUUCUUAUGUCAAAGUCAUGGUGGGGGUCAUCCUGAGAGACCACAGCCACAGCGCCCUGGUCUGGUGCGGAGCUUCACAACAGAUUGGCUCACUGAUCGGCUCGGUCAUCAUGUUCCCGCUGGUUAACAUCUACCAACUGUUUAAGUCAGGGGACAUCUGCAACACUAUAUGUCCUUUAUGACAGUCAAACUGAAAACUGCAGCACUGAGGAGGCUGGAGACUGUAUUUAAUUUCUUGCAGAGAGUUUGAUGAAAAGGUCGAUAUCACUGAUAUGUGUGUUGCAUAUGGUGCUAGAGGUAGGAGUCAAUUAGCUUAACUUAGCAUAAAGAAUGGAAGCAGGGGACAACCGCUAGUCUGACUCAGUCCAAAGGUAAAAAUCCGCCCACAAGUACGUAAGAUCAUUAAUUAACCUGUUCAUCUUGUAUUUCAUUCAUUGGAAUGCAAAAAACAUCAGUUGUUUGUAUUUAAAGGUGCUGUACAUCACAUUCACAGCAUAUCUUUACAUAGCAAAUAUGUGUUUUCUGCUAUUUAUGAACGCUGUGUACAUCCCUUUAAACAAACAGGACACAAAUAUGUUAAUUAGUGAGCUUUAGAGGUGCUGUUUACCAGGUUAGAAAAUAUAACUAACUUUGGUCAGAGCCAUACCUCUUUCCCCCAUUCUAGUCUUUAUGCUAAGCUAAGCAGCUGCUUGCUGUUAUGCUAUUUUCAAAGUUAUUCAUAUGAGAAGUAAAACACUGUAUAAAGAAAUCCACCUUCAUAUAAAUGUGUUUCCAAAAAUGUAGAACUAUUACUGAGGUUCUGAGAGUCUGUCAGCCCUCUAACAUUCCAAUUUAUAUCUUUUGGACAUGUUAUAACAUUUGUUUUCUAUCUUUUAUCAGUUUUGUGAUUUUUACAGCAUGUUUGCACUUAACUUUAUUAAUGUUUGUGUUAAAAUCAUUUAAUACACUAUGAUGGAAAAAGCUAUUUACUUGUAUAAAAUUAAAUAUAGAAGCUCAA